UGCGACCAUGAAGCUGUUGAGCACAUUGUUGACUUUCGUCGCUCUGAUCGCAGUGGGUCUGUCACAAAAUGUGCGCUUGGAUUCGAGCAUGGUUGUCGACGAUUCUCCAAAGCUAGGAAUGUGCGGCGACAAGCUCUCCGAUAUUCUCAUUAUGGUGUGUAAACCGUUCGGAGGCAUCGCUCGACGGAAGAGGGGCGGUAUGUCGACGAACCCGCUCUCGGCCUAUAUGUGGCACCGGAGCACGAGGGAGCUCGUCUGCAUGAAUAGAACGCAGAGCGCGCCUUGUUUCUGCUGUUCGAAAUUCCACGGGCCGUGCACCAUGAACACACUCAUCGCUAACUUCUGCGCACAACCGGCGCCGGAAUUCGACAAAUACUAUAUUCACGAUUGAGAGCAUCAGUUGACAGAUAUUUAUUCAAAUUUGUAACUUGGUUCACUGCCGUGACGAAAAAAAUCAACUCGUGCUUCACUCUUUUUCGAUGAAGGAUUGUAGACCCACAUAUGGAUGACCGCAUUUAAGUAACUAGAGUCGAAAAAUAAAUGUUCGAAUAUA